CUGUUGCAGCAAACAGAGAGUGAAGAGAGGAUUGUGGUCUCCUGAAGAAGAUGAGAAGCUCAUAAAGCACAUUACCACUUUUGGCCAUGGCUGCUGGAGCACCGUUCCCAAACUAGCAGAUCUUCAUAAGCUUCUGCGAGGUCAACAUCCUCAUCGUCAGUCUGUAUCUCUUCAUUUGCCUCAUGUGUAAGGUCAACAUUAUCAUCGUCAUCAGUCUGUAUCUCUUCAGCUACCUCAUGUGCUCCUGUUGUGUUUUCUCGUUCUUCCACAUCGUCAGGAUGAUACAUGUUGCCAUUAAAUGCAACAAAAUUUCCUGUCUGUUGUUCUGCUUGUUCACCAUUGUCAGAAUCUUCAUAAUCGCUCCAGGGCUACAGAGGUGUGGGAAGAGCUGUCGAUUGAGGUGGAUCAAUUACUUGAGACCGGAUCUGAGGAGGGGAUCCUUCAGUGAGCAAGAGGAGAGAACUAUAAUUGAUGUUCACAGAAUUAUAGGUAACAGAUGGGCACAAAUAGCCAAACACUUGCCAGGGAGGACUGACAAUGAAGUCAAGAAUUUCUGGAACUCUUGCAUCAAGAAGAAACUGAUUGCUCAAGGCUUGGAUCCAAAUACUCACAAUCUCAUCUCUCCUAGCCAAGCCAAGACGACCAAACACAACAACUCCCAUACUCGUCACCAAAAGUCAUCCUCCUCAGCUUUCACUAUAGAGACUUGUUCUUCAUCCCACAAAGAUGUUGUUCCCAUAGAGAUCAAAGCCACUCUUGCAGCAGCUUUCCCACCUUUCCCGCCUAACACAACUCCACCAAAUGACAAGUUAUUAUACCAUAAGAAUACCAUUACACUGAGCCAUGAGAGGAAUAAUCCAGUAUUGGAUUAUGCCAGCUGCUCUUCAAUGGAGAUCACUUCCAAUCACAAUAAUCUGUCUUCUUCCUCAUCCUCCAAUCUUUCGGGGUUCGGAAUCUUGAACUCUAACAACUGCAUGUGGGGAGGUACCACUAAUCUUGAACUCCUGUUUGGAGGGAGUACUGCUGCAGGUAGACAAGAAGAAGAAGAAGAAGAAGAAGAAGAAGAAGAAGAAGAAGAUCAUAUUCAAGAGGAAAAGGAGGUUGGGACUGAGACUCAGACUGGGGCGAAUCAAGUCUACAAGCUUAAUAUUGAUGAUGAGUUCAACAACAAUAAUGGGCAGAGCAUACAGAUUAACUUGUUCGACAACUCUAACAUUGGGAUAGACUUUGUGGAAUCUUCACUCAUGCCCUGUGCCAUGUAUUGUAAUGCAAAUUCUAUGGACCAACUUCCUUGGGAUUGCUAAUGUUUUAAACUCAAAGCAUAAUUUGUUUAUGUCAAUCGGAUCUUUACCCAAGUUGAAAUAAUAUAUCUAUGUCUCUCUCUA